AAUAUUCAUGAUUUUACCCCGGAAUCUGCUGCGAUUUGAAAUUUCGCUCUGUGUACUAACCAAUCAGAAUCAAGGGGCGGGUCAAAGGCGCUCUAAGUGGCAGAUUCAAACUGAACAUGGCGGCUGAGAAAGAUAACGAACAAAACAAACAGAGUAGAAGGGGAACAGUAUGUAAUAUAGUCAUUAGCCAGGAGAUGCCUCAAAGCCAGCCGGUUAUUUUCAACCCUGAUUUCUUCGUGGAGAAACUGAGGCACGAGAAGCCUCUGGUUUUCUCUGAGCUUUUGCUGAGUAACAUAAGCAGGCUCAUUGAUUUACCUGGAGCAGAAUUUGCACAGCUCCAGGGAGAAACAGACCUCAAGCUCCCCGCUUCCACAGGCUUCCUGCGCCUACCCAACUUCCUGAAGCGUAAAGAGAAAGGAGUGAUAUUUGGGGCACAAUUAACUGAGGAGGGCAUUGCCCAAAUUUACCAGCUCAUAGAGUACCUUGGAAAAAACUUACUUGUGGAGGGCCUGUUCCGCGUGCCAGGGAACAGCAUCAGACAGCAGGCACUGAGGGAGAUACUCAACAGUGGUGCAGAUGUUGACCUGGACACGGGGGAUUACCACCCGCAUGAUGUGGCCACACUGCUAAAGGCAUUCCUGGGGGAGCUGCCUGAGCCACUGCUGACUCAUCGCCAUUAUCAUGCACAUCUCAAAAUAGCCGAGAUUACGUUGUUCGAUGAGAGAGGCAACAAGACGUCUGUGCCGAACAAAGAGCGCCAACUCGAAGCGCUGCAGCUUCUCUUCAUGCUGCUGCCUCCAGCCAACCGCAGCCUCCUCAAACUGCUGUUGGACCUGCUCUAUCAGACCGCCAAGCAACAAGACAAAAACAAAAUGUCUGCCUUCAACCUGGCACUAAUGUUUGCACCGCAUAUCAUAUGGCCCAAAAAUGUGACUGCAAAUGAUCUGCAAGACAAUUUGAAUAAGCUGAACAACGGCAUUGCAUUUCUUAUCAAGCAUUCACAGAAGUUGUUUCGGGCACCAGCAUACAUCAAAGACCAUGCACGGAUGCUCUUCUCCGGCUCUGAAACUCCUCAAUCAAAGGAUGACAUGGAGCUGUACGCUGGAGCUGGUGUUCGAGGCCUGCCCACUAAGAGAAGCAGUGAGGAGGAUGGGAGCCAGCUACACACACAAGAGGCUCUGCGUGAGCUUUUUCAGCAUGUCAGCAACAUGCCUGAAUCGACAAAGAAGAAGAAACUCAUUCGACAGUUCAACAAGCAGGGUACACCAGUACGUGAAAGCCCUAGAGCUUCAAACCAAAAGCAUGGACGUUCCCGGUCAUUCGGAGGCCUCAUCAAGAGAAAAGUUUUGGGGAAUACAGUUACAAAUGAAAGAGCUGGAUCCGGGGUGUGCCAAACCAAAGAGGUGAACAAGGAAAACGGCUCCACAUCUUUCACAAGAACUCCUAUUUCUACGGAACAGCAUUCUAGUUUAAGCCUGUAAUUUUUUUAUUUUAUUUUGUAAAUUGAUAUUGGAUCUGGUUUAGGUAUAUCUUUAUUUGGGCUCAAUUAACAAAUGUGACCUCCAGCUUGUUAACUAUGCAAACAAGAUGAAUUUCCAAACCAAUACAUUACAUGUUUUUUUUUUUAUUUUCACACGUUUUUCCAGUUGCAAAUAUUCCGAAUUAUUAAUCUGUUUGUGAAAGAUGUAUAUCUUUUAUAUAUAUAUAAAAAAAAGUGAAAAUUGUCCCAAGCAUGUAGCAUCUACUCAGAAAGGUCAGGAAUGGAAUAUGUAUUUAGAAAGGUCAAGCAUGUACUGAGAGGGUUUUUCUACUUUGGAAUUGUGUAAUUUCGCUUUCACUGGAUUUGAAUAUACAUCCAGAGAUUCAGGGUAGUAUAUGCAGGUAUGUGAAUCUAGAAUGACUAGACAUCCAGUACAUCCAAAACCAACACACUGCCAUACUAAAUGGUGCUUGUGUCCUCUUUUGUCAUACUACUUAGUAUGGAUAUACAGAGUUUGGGAUGUAAUUGUGGUCUUAUUUCAAACUUUGUAGGCUACACUGCUAGUUACUCACUGAUAUUUAGAGCUGUUACACUGAACUGUUUGAUAUGUGAGAGGAUUUUUAAAGUUUGAUAUUGAAUAUUGUACUUUUGGGAAAAGGGGAGAUGAACGGCGAUUGUUUCUGUAUCUCUGUGAACAGAAUGUGUCCUAGUUUACACUUACUGAUAUUCAACUUCUUUAGAGGCACAUAGUCUUUCCCCACUGUAGGAUUUAAAAUAUUUUUAUGCUAUGAUAAAUUUAUGCCUCAUCACUCCAAAGCACACUGUACAGAAAUUACCCCAAGCCCAGCUUUGUGGAACAAGGAUAUAAAGGACAGCUAUUUUACAAAAG